UCGUCAGCCGAGCCGGAGCGCUAUCAAAAAUCAAUCUAAUCCCAGUUCCAACACACUAACCGCUCCAGGCCCGAGUGGGGAACGGGGAAUAAAUCCCGGCUCCAACCUUUCUUUACAGCUUCUGCUCCGGAAUUUAGAACCUAUCCCACUCCCAGCAGCACGCAAUCGAGGAAGGAUAAACGCGCACCACUCCAUCACGCGUGCCGGGAACUGAACUCCAGAGAAAUCAGCGCCAAAGCCAGUUUUUUUUUAGUGCCUCAAAGCCACUUCUCGGCCGCCGCUGUGGGCUAUCAUCCCCACCGUCACAUGGUCCGCGUCUCCCCCACGGCAAUCCCGGCCAAUCUUGCCCUCCAGAUCGCAGUUCUUUAGCAGAUUUCAGGGCUCCGGUUCUUCGGUUCGGUUACGCCUAGCUGACGCUCUCUGCUUCCCUCCCUUGGCCUGCCAUAACUCGCGGUUGCCGUUCUCGACCAGCCAUUAAUGGCGAGGGGGAGUUACGCCUCCCUCUGAACCUCUGUCUGGUCCGGUAGGCGGCGUUCCGGCCCUUUUCCUCGGCCGGUUGUUUCUUAGCUUGCAUGCGUAGGCGCAGGCAGCCGGGCAUGGAAGGAAACUGUAGCGCCACGCGUUGCAGAGAGAGUCCCAACUCCGUCUCCAAAGCCAUACAUGCCGUCGUCGUCGUCGUGUUAAUGGAAAGAGACGAGUGUUGUGAGGAGUAAAGGCGACAGCUUUUCCAUUGACGCCUCUCGCCUUAUUGCCUGCCCCUCUUCCGUUCUCGUAGAAGUCAAGCCGCCUCCUCUCGUCUCGGCUCCUCUCCGCCCUUGUCUUCCCUGGCCGGCCAUCGAGCUUCUGGCUGGGGAUUCCCUCGUUUGCCCCUCAAUCUCCUUGCUGGUUUUGGGUUGCUGUUAGCGCAGAAAAGCUGAGCGCUUUGUCUCUUCCGCUCUGUUCUAGUAAGUGGCCGGCUUCUGCCUUGGCUUGAUGCUCCUGUAGGUAGUUCCCGUUGAGAGCUGCUUCGUUUAGGUCCUGGGUCCUCUUUCACCUAAUCUUGUUUCUAGUUUCGGUUGGUCAGUCAUCGGCUAGCUCUUGUUGGUUGGCCCAGUUCAUCUUGGACUCGGAGUAUAUAAUCUCCCGGCCGUCUUCUUCUUCUUCUUCUUCUUCUUCUUCUUCUGUUCUUGUGUGCUCCUCACAUUGGCCCGUCAGUCUCCCUGCUCCUUCCGAGGCGAACUCUGCUCGGAUCAAGAAGAGGAGAACUCGUCUGUGCUGGGAGGUUGGGAGGCAGUGCUUUGCUUCGGGCGAGCCUUGGGUGCUGCCUGUCGAUCUCAGAGCUUGAGGUGACAAAGACUUGUUUGACUGCAUUUUUCUCCAUAUUUAGUUCUUGAACAGAGAUGGAACUCAUGUACAUGGAUAGGAGAAAUGGAUUACAUGAGGAUGCAAUUCCAGAGUUCAGUGGAAGGACAGAAGAAGAUCAAGACCCGACUGUUGCUGCAUCUGAUGUUCAGUCUGAUUUGGGUCCGAUAAACAGGAAGAAACCAUUGCCGUCAGAUGAGAAGAAAAGCAAGAGCUGCCAGUCAUGCCACAAAUCACCUUGUUCGUGCAGUGGUGACACAAAUCAUUCAGAUUUGUUCCCUGCACUUCCUGCCAAGAUGAUGAUCUUGGAGUUUCUCAUCAGAAGCCUGAGACACCCAACAAGAACCCACAAUGCCACCGAUCUUGACGACUUGAUCACUGAUGGGGUCAGCCAAGGGAGUGUAAAUCUCGGUCCUUCCGAAAAAAAGGUGCUGGACUCUUUGCAUGCUCUCAUAAGUGCAAAGACAGGACCGAAAAGCUCAUCGCCUUUCCUGGCAGGAUCUAAGAUGAGAAAAACUCGGUCCAAAUCACACAUCAUUACACAGUCAGAAAUACUGAAGCUUAUAUCUCCUGAGACAUGGGAGACCUCCUCCCCUGGGACAUCUCCAAUGAAGAAAGGCACAGCUGAGGUCCACAUCCAUGAGAAGAUGACACCCUCGUGCUCGCAUAUGACAUCUAUGGGCUCGAAUCAGCCUGUCCUAUCACACUGCCCGUCAUCUCUUAAUGCAGGUCUUCUGCAAUGCAUAUGGAAGGAUGGGCUGCCUCAUUUUGAAUUGUCACUGGACGAUCCUAUUGCGGUAUACACAGCGAACCCACUCAAGGUGCAGGGCAAUGAAAGGGCUCUCGACUACGUCUACAUGAUCCAUUCUGGUGAGCAAGGAAGAAAAGAUUGGAUGGGUCAUUCAAGCAAUGUAUCCAGACUUGUGGGCAAGAUGAAGGUGUCAAGUUCUUUAGUGCUAAACUCUGACAAGUCAAGUCUUUUGGAAACUGAGUUUGUGCUGUAUGGUUCUCCAGAUGACUAUCUGAGGCAAAUGCAUAGUUCCUGUAGUGUUCCAAAAGGAAAGGGACUAGUCAAGAGAGUGACAGAAAUUAUGAGAACAGGAAAUGUUUCCUCUAGCCCUAAACAUCCCUGGAGGUUUGGCAAAUCCUGCUCUCAUCAGUUCGAUGACUUAACUGAAAUACUCGAAGGUGAAAUGAUCAGUGCUAGAGAAUCAGGCCUAGCAAACCUCGAUGCUGAUGAUCUGCCAACCAACCAAGAGUUAGCAGCAAUUGUGGUGAGGGAACAACGGAAAAAACGCCAGGAAGAGCCUGUUGUGGGUGGCUGGGGCUUGAAGUUCCUUGAGAAAGCAGGAUUAAAUCAUUCAGAAGGCACUGAAGAUCCUGAUGUUCAGAACAGAAAUGGUGCUGCAAAAUAUAUAACCACAAUUGUUCCCAGAGGUUACCAUGGCGGCGCUGUUUUUAAGAGCAGCGGCCCGUCAGGUCUCAUCGAGAGAUGGAGAUCUGGAGGAUGCUGUGAUUGCGGUGGAUGGGAUCUUGGCUGCCCCAUAAGAGUGCUGAACAAUGAUGGAUGUGCCUCCUUGCCUGAAGAAGAGUCACUGGACAGCAGAUCAGUAGAGCUGUCACUCAAGGGUGCAAAGGAGACAAUGUUAAGGCUUGUCAACAUCACAGAGGACCUGUACAUCCUCUAUUUCGAGUCGAGUCUGUCACCAUUGCAAUACUUCUCAACAGGGAUAGCAAUUGUGCACAGCCAGGCACCACAGCUUUGCCCAAAGCUGUGAAUUGCAAAAGCUUGGUAUAGCGCUAUGUACAUGUAGAUAGACAAGUAGAGAUAGCGAUAUAUAGAAGAGAUUUAUUGACUUAAUCCAUGCCAACAGUGAUGUGUAAAAACUAUGCCAUGUGUAUUCCGAUUCCUCCACAUAUUAAUAUUAAAUCAAUGUGGAUUUGUGGCAAGGAGGUUUGUUAUUCUCCGGUUUGAAAAUUUU